AUGGCGGCUUUGUUCAUAUCAUCACACCCAGUUCUGGGGAUUAGAUUUGUGAUCGACAAGGAAGAAUGCUUCUCUCACAAUGUUGAAUUCAUCAGAGAUACCAUUUAUCUCUCUUUUGUCGUCGUUAGCGUUAAUACCUGGCGGCAUCAUGCUCACAAUGGCGUUGAUCUUUUGGUGAAAGGGCCUUUAGGGGAGAGAAUUGAAGAAAUUAGAGGGAAAACAAGUGAGAAAUUUGAGUUUAUUUCUCUUAGAAAAGGGCGAUAUCAUUUCUGCUUCAUCAACAACUCACCCCACCAAGAGACCAUAGAAUUUGAUAUCCAUAUCAAUCAUUACUAUGAGUUCUAUGAUGAUGAUGAACAACAUGUAAAAGAUGAACAUUUGAGCCCUUUAUUGGCUCAAAUAAAGAAGUUGGGAGAAACCUUGGGCGUUAUUGAGUUUGAACAGCAAUGGUUAGAGGCACAGACAGAGCGACAAGCCAAAGUGAAUGAAGCAAUGAGCACAAUGGCGAUUCUGAAGGCUGUUCUCGAAUCAGCAGCACUCAUCGGUGCAAGCAGUCUUCAAGUUUUCCUUCUGCGUCGCCUGUUCGAGAAAAAAGUUGGAAGCCUGUAUUCGAGCACCUACAGAAUAUAA